CUAGUCAAAUAUUUUCAGCAGCGUAGUAAUCAAGGUAACCUUUCCCUAUGAGCAUAGAACAGUAAGGAGCUAGCUGCAACACGUGGUACUUUUGAUAGAAAAUCGUUAGUGCAAUGUGCUAUCGGAAAUAAGCGAAAUGCCAUCUAGGAAGGAAGAGAAAUUGAAGAAAUUAAAAAUAAUAAAACUUAGAGAAAAAAUACAUUUUUUUGAAUAUCCAGAAGAUGUCCUUCAAAAAGCACUGACUGAAAUUCAGGCGGGAAAUUUAAGCAUUAAUAAAGCUAGUCAACAAUUCAAUGUUGCUAAAACUAAAAUCAUAGAUCGAAUGAAGGGGAGAUCAACCGGGAAUAAACAAAAAAAUGAUCCUGAGCAUCUUCUUGGUUAUAAUGUUGAAAAUAAGCUAAACGGAUGGGUGAUAAACAUUGCCCAAUGUGGAUUUCCUCUAAAAAAGACAGACCUUUUAGAUACCGUUGAGAAAGUGGCAAAGGAUUUAGGGAAAGACAAAUUGUUUAAGGACGGAAUACGGACAAAAGUGGUAUCUCAAUUUUUUGAAACGUCACCCAGAACUCAGUUUGAGAGAAGCUGAAAGUGUAAAUAAAGCACGCGCAAUUAUUACUGAACAAUAUGUACGA